AUGGCACCUUCAACAACGCAUUCAAUUUCGAAAGUUGUGGCUGAGAAGUUGGUUUGUAACCUUUUUUCUUGUACAGUAACUCUUGAAGUUGACUCUGUUCAUAACGGGUUCACGACCUGCAGUUGUCACGACUCUUUUCGUCUUUAG